AUGCUCCUUCUACUCGGCAUUAUAGCAACACAUAAUGCUCUACAGCGACAACCACAUUGCAUAACACCAGAAGAACUGAUAAGCGACUAUAAAAAACCACGGCGGGAUUCAAUAAUACCACCGUGGGUUAUGAUAUCAAUAAUCAUACUUGUGCCCGUGAUAAUUCUAAGUCUGCCCUACCUCCUUUUAAGGAACUCUGUAGAGACGGCACAAGCGUUUCUCGCGUGGACACUAGCUAUACUUAUAAAUGCAUUGAUAACAGAGGUGCUAAAAGUGUUGAUAAGCCGCCCAAGACCAGAUUUCUUCUAUAGGUGUUAUCCAAACGGUGUUAUCGGCAUCUGCGCCGGUCGCGGUAAAGAUAUUGUCGACGGAAGGAAGUCCUUUCCAAGUGGACAUAGUAGCUUUUCAUUCUGUUCGCUUGGCUUUAUAAGUCUAUGGUUAUACGGAAGGUUUCUACGCCGCAGAGCCCAUAUUCUCUUGUUGUGUGCUAUGCCAGUGUGCCUCGCGUGCUUCAUUGGAUACAGCAGGUGUUGUGAUAACCACCAUCACUGGGAGGAUGUAGCUGCCGGUGCAGUUAUCGGCUUGGCAUCAGCGUAUCAAUGCUGUAUGGCAUAUUGUUCACGCGGUCGUCUGAUUUUGUAG